ACAUGUUUUACACGGUAAGAGUAUAUAUAUAUAUAAACAUGCUUUACACUGUUAGUUAUCAAUCUUACAGAUCUUGUAUUAUUGUGUGCCAAAAAUGAACAAUAUCGUACUAACAUUUGUAUGCUUGAGUUUUCAAUGCCUUCAUGCAAGGACAGAUAUAUACUCUGGACGACUGCGAAAACCGAAAUUACAAACGUGUACAAGCUCCAUGGAGUGUCAUAAAAGAAUGUGUUGCAGAGACAAUGACAGAAAUCUUGUUGGUGUAGAAGAUUUAGGAGUGGCAGCAAUUUUGGGUAUUGGAACGUGCUCGAAACUGAAAAGUGGACCUGGUGAAGUAUGUCUGGACCAAUGUGGUUGCAAACGAGGAUACAUGUGUUAUCGUACAGUUUCCGGUGUCUGUUGUCCUCCAAAGACCUGCUGGGAGCGCAAGAAGGCAUUGGCUGAUAAAGAAUUCUGGGAUAACUGCAGACCUCCUACAUGUUUCUUUCCACCGUCUGCCAACCCAAGCAAUGGGAAACAAGGAGGGCUAUAGAAAAAAGUUGCUAUUUAAAGCUUGUAUUAUUUGUUUCCUUUGUGUUUGUUUUAUAAAGAAAAUGCUGUUAAACAUGGUUGUACCAUAUUCCACAUCAAAGGCUAACAUUUUCUGCUUUGUUAAUACUGUUUAUACUGAUGUUAGCAAAAUAAGUGACGCAUAUACGCUUGAAUUUUCGUAAGAACAUGUACAUCGGUUUUGAUUUAAUUUUCUGUAUGUAAUUGUAAUAACCACAACUCUUGUUAAUACAAAUUUUAGUGAACAUCG